UCACAGAGCUGGUUGCAGACUAAAGCUGCUCUCACCGUCCUGCUGCUGCUGCUGCACUUAAACCAACACGACUUACCUCUGAAACACGUCUCUCCAGCACCAUUAGCUGUCGUUUUAUUAAGUUUGCACUCGCUAUUGACUAACAGAAACGUGAUAGUAAUGUAAAGUGUAUUGGUAAAAUGCUCAGUGAACCGUGCAGCUGCUGAUAAAUGCUCGCAUUAACAUAGUAACUAUGGUGAACGUUAAUGCAACAAACAGCUAAGACAACACAACUGGUGGUGCUCUGUUGCGUUCAAGUUCCUCAGGUGUGGUGGUGAGCUCAUGGAGAGGCCAUCAUCUUCAGGCAGAGCAGCUCUGGAGGAGAGACAAGGCCUGGUGGAGGAUGGUGAAGUGCUGAGAGGUGCUGAGGGUGGAGAGGUGGAUCCUCAGACCCCGAGGAAGAGCAGCUCCUCUCGCUCCUCCCGCAAGAGCUUCCGCUUGGACUACCGGCUGGAGGAGGAAGUGACAAAGUCCUGUCGGGACAAACACGGCCGCUGGACCAACCCCUGGCCCACAUGGCGGUUCCCUUCCUACACCACCCUGCUCAGAUUUCUGUUGUUGGAUAAAAAUCACAGCAAUAUACCAACUAGUAAAGAGGCUCUGGACAGCGAGCUCCCUGUCAUGGAACCGUACUUCGUCCAGAGCCCAGACCUCUCUGACUCUGGUCCAGGUCUGAGAGUCACCUGGUUGGGUCACGCCACAGUUCUGGUUGAAAUGGACGGGCUGAAUAUUCUGACAGAUCCAAUUUUUAGCCAGAGGGCCUCACCGUUCCAAUUCAUGGGUCCCAAAAGGUACAGAGGGCCCCCCUGCACUGUGGAACAGCUGCCCAGGAUCGAUGCUGUUGUCAUCAGUCAUUCUCAUUAUGACCAUCUGGAUGCUGGAUCUGUUGCCAGUCUUAAUUCACGCUUUGGAGGGGAGCUACGCUGGUUCGUGCCCCUGGGAUUAAUGGACUGGCUGGUGAAGACGGGCUGUGAGAAUGUGAUGGAGCUGGAUUGGUGGGAAGAGAACUGUGUCCCGGGUCACGAUGAUGUCACAUUUGUCUGCACACCCUCUCAGCACUGGAGCAAACGCACCGCGCUGGACGAUAACAAGUCUUUAUGGGGCAGCUGGUCCAUCUUGGGUCCGGACCAUAGAUUCUUCUUCGCUGGUGAUACCGGCUACUGCGCUUCCUUUCAGGAGAUCGGGCGGCGCUUCGGACCAUUUGACCUUGCAGCAAUCCCCAUCGGAGCUUACCUGCCCAGGGAUAUGAUGCAAGGGCAGCAUGUAGAUCCAGAAGAGGCUGUUCAGAUUCACCAAGACCUUCAGGCUAAACAGUCCGUGGCCAUUCACUGGGGAACCUUUGCUCUCGCCUAUGAGUACUACUUGGAGCCGCCGGUUCGUCUCAGAGAGGCCCUGGAACAGAAAGGACUGAAGCCAGGAUCCUUCUUCACUUUGCAUCAUGGGGAGUCCCGCCUUGUAGCUUCACGGGAAGGAGACGUCUUUGACUGAUCCUCUGUGGUGCUUCGUGGGCCGUGUGUCUGUAACAAAGUGCAGAACAUUAGAGCCAUCAUAUUUUGAUGGACUUCAGUCAUUAAAGUUUGAAAUGCAUAUAGAGGAAAGCAGCUACUCCCAACUGAAAAUAGGAAAUUAAAAUGUUCCACAAUACUGUUUACAUACUGAGUGUUUGUGCCGUUUCAUUUUAAUGGUGGGCAACACUACCUACAAGAGCUGUGACUCCACUAUAAAAAAAA